AUGCUUGAUAGAAUUCAGAGUCUGUUUCUGUUUGUGCUGAGUUUAUUUGUGAGAGUUCCAUUAUGGUUCUACGGGAAAUAUAUCUUACCGCUGAUCUACGUUUUGCCCAUCUUCCAAUCGUACAAAACCGAUAACUACGUCUACUCCAGUAAACUGGUGGAAGAGGUGGUAAAUGCUAACGACAUUAUAGGAAUAUGUCGAGCACAUGGCUUUGAGGCCCACGAGCAUGUGGUGAAAACCCAGGACGGAUAUUUGCUGACUGUUCAUCGCAUAGUCAGCAGACACACCACGUUGCGAGACCUGAGACUGAAAAGACCCGUAGUUUACUUCCAUCACGGGCUUUUGACAAACAGUGAACUGUUUCUUCUCGGCCAGUCCACCGAAAAGUGUCUGCCGUUUUUGCUUGUGGAACGCGGGUACGACGUAUGGCUCGGUAACAACCGUGGAAAUAAGUACAGCAGAAAACACAUCACUUUGUCGUCAAAAUCGACCCAGUUCUGGGACUUUUCGCUCGACGAAUAUGCUAUCUUUGACAUCCCAGACACGCUGACAUACAUCUUGGGCGUCACCCACCAGCAGAAACUGACAUAUAUCGGGUUUAGCCAAGGAUCCUCGCAGGCGUUCGCUGCGUUUUCGAUCAACCCACAACUGCGUGAUAAAAUCAAGCUGUUCAUCGGACUGUCGCCAGCAAUGAUCCCACGAUCGCUAAGUCACCCGCUUGCCAAGUUUUUGGUAACUUGUCCGCCUGAGCUUCUGUAUACCAUUUUUGGCACUCGUGCCAUUCUGCCCUCGACUGUUUUUUGGCAGCAGCUCUUGGGACCUAUUAACUACAUGAAAGUGGUCGACUGGUCGCUGGUGUACCUGUUCAACUGGAAAAGCCAGCAUAUCAGUAUUACCCAAAAGCAAGUGGGCUACACGCAUAUGUUCUCGCCUUCUAGUGUCAAGAGUGUGGCGCACUGGUUCCAGAUCAUCAACAACAAACGGUUCCAAAUGUUCCAAGAAGAUGUUUCCAAGCUAUAUUCGUCCGUGCCCUCGCUGCACAGCAAACUACACCGAUGCGCUCCGUUCCCCGUGCAGGUCAUCGAAAACAUGCCCAUGAUGCUGAUCUACGGUGAUCAAGAUAUUUUGAUAGACAUGGACACAACCAAGCAGAAUUUAAUGCGCAAUUUGAACGAUCUCACUCUGGUCGAACUGCCAGGAUACGAACACAUGGACACUCUAUGGUCCGACGAUGUGGUGGAAUUGGUAUUUCUCCCAUUAAUACAAAAAUUGGAUGAGGUUCACACCGCCUCAAGCCCUACUGAUACAGACACGGAUACUGCCAGUGACUGA